AUGAACUCGAUUACCUACCUCGACUCGGUGCUAAGCCGCUCCUUGGCACCAGCCACCGCCGACCGUCAAGAAUCACGCGCUUCCUCUUCCAGCAAGCGGUCUCGUUCCCACUCAUCCUUGCCAGGCAGUCGCAGAGCAUCUAGCACUUCGCCCUCCUGCACUUUACCCACCAGCACUUCACCCUCCAGCACUCCUUCCGGCUCUUGCUCCCUCCGCCGCUGGUCCCAAGAGCAGCAAGAUGACCCUCAUCAAUCCAUGUACAACUCCACCCUUCGGCGGACUGGUAGUACCUCUGCUGGUCUCUUUCCCUCUUCUUCCUCCCACGCACUCGAUACAGACCACAGCAAUUCCGCAGCACGAUGGUCCCGCCUGUGGGGGUUAGCAGGCUGGAUCGAUGAAGCCAUCCACCCAGCCUCACGCAGUCGAUCUCGGAAAAACAGCGAUUCGGAAAUCUCUUCUCUUGGUCGCACUAAACGCGUGCCCAGCCUGGAUGACCUGCUGCUCAGCUCUACUGCACCUCGAAGCGAUCAAGAUAGAAGGCCCGCAAGUUCAGGUUCAGGACACGCUCAUUUACCGCGUCAAGAUGCGAGCAGUACAGAUGAGUCUGCUUCACAAAUCAGGCGUUCCAGAUCGUCAAGACGUCAAUCAAGGUUUAAUCAGAGUGCAUCGCUCAUACUUACCUCGACAACGACCGACGGUCCGGGGGAAAACAUCGAUACCUGGCCAACAGAGCAGGACCAUUUGCACAGGCACCACCAAGAUCCUGAGUUGAUGACGGACAAGGAGAGGGAAGAUGUAGUCGAGUUCGAUGGGGGGGAUUUCGCUCCUGAACAAGUGGACACGCCGAGGGAGAGGACGAUUUCGCAAUCGAGCAACCAUAGUAAUUGCGCUGAGCGAAGCAGUGCUCCUUCGCACCAAGCUGCCACCUCCGCUUCACACUCGCCCAAAUUCACUGCGGAGAAAGUCGAAGAUCAAGAUGCGAACAUGUCGCAAGAUCAGGCUGUCGAUUCAGAAACGCUGCUUGAAGCGGCUAAAGGUGAACCAGAAGCGAUUGAGGCCGUAGCUCAGCAAGAUCCAAUUUCACAACUCGUCGAUCCAGCUGCGCCCAUUGCUACACCAAAGAAAGAAUCGCUUAACGGCGAUGCAGGAGUAGAGCAUGCUGAUGAUACGCCCAAAAGCAGCCAUCGAAACGGUCUCAAGAUGUCAGAUUCCACUGCUUCUGGAAUGUCCACUCCUUCUGCCUCUCGCAGGUCGUCACUUGGUCGUAAGCGGGAUGAGCUGUUGGCUGUGGAUUCCCUAGCUUCUUCUUCAAGCUCAUCGCUUGUGUCGACGGAUUCGGAGAAAGCGGUUGACAGGAGUCUUACGCCUGGGUCAAAGCCUAGGCGACGUCGGUCUGGACGAUCAUCGGCCAAAGCAUCAGAGACCGACGAUUCACGUUCUCGAUUCAGCAGUAAUGGCGACCACAACAAGCCAGCAGCGAAGCCUAGUCGGAAACGCAAAAGCUCCUCCACCAAACGUGCCAUCCGUCGAACGCUCGUUGCAAUCCGAGACCUUCUCCUCGCAGUCCUCCUCUGUCCGAUCAAUUGCCUGCGGUACCUUCGUCGACGUAAAGUCAUUCGAACCCAGGAGGCGGUGGAGGCGAUAUACCAACGUUCUUCGCUCCCCGUUCUCGAAAAGAACCCAGUCUCUGGAGAAGAGAGGAAUGGUAAACCGCCUUCACUCCGGUUCAAGUCCGACUCUAAGCUCUCCGAUAACGAAAAGCGUGCUUUAGUUGGAAUGGGUAGACCACCAACUCCCAAAUCGAUCUCAGAAGUGGAUAACGAACCUGUGAGAGAUGAACAAGCAGCAGAAUUAGGCCUCUUAUGGAAAGCCCUCUCCCCUUCCUCUGGUCAACGUCGUACAGCUUCUCGCUUGCUGCCUAAUCCACAAAUCGUCGAUCCGAUGUUAGCAAACAAUAGCAAAGCAAAACCAAUCGAUCCAGUUGCAGCCGAAAAGGAAGCAAUGAUGGAGGCGGAAAGACAAAGUAGGAUUGCAAAAGGUAGAGCUAUGCGUGCUGCUGCUAAAUCCGGUCAGGACGGCAACUCUACUUGCACUUGCCACCUUUCAGCUUCGGUUAUUCCUGCUAAAGUUGCACGAGGACCAGCUGCGAGUAGCAUCAUCCAUCACUCUCCCAAAAUCCUGGUUUUGGACUUGGACGAAACUCUGAUCCACUCAACCUCGCGCUCCCCCUCGCAUCACUCUGCACUGUCAGGCAGAACGACAACUUCUGGCUUCCUCGGACUGGAAACAGCGGGAGCAUUCCUGGGAUUGCGAGCAAACGAUAACCCUCGCCGCAUCCGUCCACAUAUGGUGGAAGUUGUUCUUGAUGGACGUUCUGUCCUUUACCAUGUCUACAAACGGCCGUGGGCAGAUUACUUUUUGCGAAAAGUAAGCUCCUGGUACACAGUCGUCAUCUUUACUGCUAGCGUACAAGAAUACGCAGAUCCGGUCAUCGAUUGGUUAGAUCAGGGAAGAGGCUUGAUAAGCGCAAGGUUGUUUAGGGAAAGCUGCAGCUUUAAAGGUGCAAGUUAUGUGAAAAAUUUAAAAGUCGUCGAUCAAGAUCUGAGUAAGGUUUGUCUCGUCGAUAACAGUCCGGCAAGUUAUAGGUUGCAAAGGGAGAAUGCAAUUCCUAUCGAAGGUUGGACACAUGAUCCCAAUGAUGAAGCUUUAUUGGAUUUACUGCCAGUCUUGGAUAGUUUGAGGUUUGCAAGUGAUGUGAGGCAUGUUUUGGGUAUUAGAGCUUGGUCAUCUUGA